UGUUGGGAAGAACCUGCCGCAAUAGGCUCCUUGAACUGGAAAGACAACUCAACGUAUCUUUGGUCGAAGGUGGGGAAGUAAUGAAUAACAUCACUGAUAUUUUCGAAGCAUCCAACCCAGACUUGCCUGCUUCUCUGGAUAGUGAGCUUGCUAACGUAUUAACGGAACUUCAGGGGCUCUUUAACAAAACACAAGAAAUAACAUUGCUGGUCAAUGAAACCACAGCAAACCUCAAUUCAUCGAUAUCCUGUCCAGCUGAUGAGUAUGAAGAGGUGUUGCAUAAUAUGACGGUUAAGAACCAGGAAUUGAGAGUAAUGCGCGAUACGAUAGCAAUCCUGCCACCGGGUGGAAGAAGGGUCAGAAACCAGUUAAUAGUUUUUAUUCGUAUCACUUACAUAAUAUGUGUGAUUGCACAAAAUAUCGUUAUAGAGGUCUUUGUAGUAGUACGGGUAGUAUUUCUCCAAAUUGAUAUCGGAGUAAUAGUAGUUCCUGGUCUAAAUGAAGAACCAGCCAUUACAACAACAGCAAGACCAACAACAGCAGGAACAACGACAGCAAGACCAACAAGACCAACGACGGCAGGACCAACAACAGCAAGACCACCAAGACCAACGACGGCAGGACCAACAACAGCAAGACCACCAAGACCAACGACGGCAGGACCAGACACGGCAAGACCAGCAAGGCCAACAACAGCAAGACCACCAAGACCAACGACGGCAGGACCAACAAGACCAACAACAGCAAGACCACCAAGACCAACGACGGCAGGACCAGACACGGCAAGACCAACAACAGCAAGUCCAACAACAGCAGGACCAACGACGGCAGGACCAGACACGGCAAGACCAACAGGACCAACAACAGUAGCACCAACGGCGGCAGGAUCAACCACUGUAUCCAUUGCAUGUCAGGCCUUGUUGGGAAGAACCUGCCGCAAUAGGCUCCUUGAACUGGAAAGACAACUCAACGUAUCUUUGGUCGAAGGUGGGGAAGUAAUGAAUAACAUCACUGAUAUUUUCGAAGCAUCCAACCCAGACUUGCCUGCUUCUCUGGAUAGUGAGCUUGCCAACGUAUUAACGGAACUUCAGGGGCUCUUUAACAAAACACAAGAAUUAACAUUGUUGGUCAAUGAAACCACAGCAAACCUCAAUUCAUCGAUAUCCUGUCCAGCUGAUGAGUAUGAAGAGGUGUUGCAUAAUAUGACGGUUAAGAACCAGGAAUUGAGAGUAAUGCGCGAUACGAUAGCAAUCCUGCCACCGGGUGGAAGAAGGGUCAGAAACCAGUUAAUAGUUUUUAUUCGUAUCACUUACAUAAUAUGUGUGAUUGCACAAAAUAUCGUUAUAGAGGUCUUUGUAGUAGUACGGGUAGUAUUUCUCCAAAUUGAUAUCGGAGUAAUAGUAGUUCCUGGUCUAAAUGAAGAACCAGCCAUUACAACAACAGCAAGACCAACAACAGCAGGAACAACGACAGCAAGACCAACAAGACCAACAACAGCAAGACCAGCAAGACCAACGACGGCAGGACCAACAACAGCAAGACCACCAAGACCAACGACGGCAGGACCAACAACAGCAAGACCACCAAGACCAACGACGGCAGGACCAACAAGACCAACAACAGCAAGACCACCAAGACCAACGACGGCAGGACCAGACACGGCAAGACCAACAGGACCAACAACAGUAGCACCAACGGCGGCAGGAUCAACCACUGUAUCCAUUGCAUGUAAGGCCUUGUUGGGAAGAACCUGCCGCAAUAGGCUCCUUGAACUGGAAAGACAACUCAACGUAUCUUUGGCCGAAGGUGGGGAAGUAAUGAAUAACAUCACUGAUAUUUUCGAAGCAUCCAACCCAGACUUGCCUGCUUCUCUGGAUAGUGAGCUUGCCAACGUAUUAACGGAACUUCAGGGGCUCUUUAACAAAACACAAGAAAUAACAUUGUUGGUCAAUGAAACCACAGCAAACCUCAAUUCAUCGGUAUGCUGUCCAGCUGAUGAGUAUGAAGAGGUGUUGCAUAAUAUGACGGUUAAGAACCAGGAAUUGAGAGUAUUGCGCGAUACGAUAGCAAUCCUGCCACCGGGUGGAAGAAGGGUCAGAAACCAGUUAAUAGUUUUUAUUCGUAUCACUUACAUAAUAUGUGUGGGUGCACAAGGAAUAGUUAUAGAGGUCUUUGUAAUAGUACGGGUAGUAUUUCACCAAAUUGAUAUCGGAGUAAUAGUAGUUCCUGGUCUAAAUGAAGAACCAGUUUCUACAGUAUCAACCACAGAACCACCAGAGAGUACACCAUCAUCAAGUUCAGACCUAUCAGCUGGAGAACUAUCCACUUCUGGAUCACCAGCUUCAGAUGAUGGUUCAACUGAAGGACCUGCUGACGGGUCAACUGACGGGUCUUCUGAAGAGUCAACUGACGGGUCUUCUGAAGAACCACCUGACGGGUCUUCUGAAGAACCAACUGACGGGUCUUCUGAAGAGUCAACUGACGGGUCUUCUGAAGAACCAACUGACGGGUCUUCUGAAGAGUCAACUGACGGGUCUUCUGAAGAACCAACUGACGGGUCUUCUGAAGAGUCAACUGACGGGUCUUCUGAAGAACCAACUGACGGGUCUUCUGAAGAGUCAACUGACGGGUCUUCUGAAGAACCAACUGACGGGUCUUCUGAAGAGUCAACUGACGGACCUGCUGACGGACCUGCUGACGGACCUGCUGACGGGUCAACUGACGGGUCAAAUGGCGGACCUGCUGACGGGUCAACUGACGGGUCAACUGACGGAUCUACUGACGGGUCAACUGACUCGAGUGACAGUUCGUCUUAGUCACGUGAUGGUCUGCAAGGGCGCAGGUUCCAUCGCAGGUCAUCUCCCCAAAGCAAGAGGGGCAAAUUAUUGUCUUAUCCCAUCACAAUUAUCCAGACAUUCCUAUGAUAAAAAGAAAAACAAAUACAAGAGAACUUUGCUGAGUUCCCUUCACUUAUUGGUUAAGAAAAUAAAGAAAUUGUGAAAAUGAUGUAACGUAUACUGUAGAUUAUUAGGCAUGCUAAGACAUUUUCAAAUAUUUUGUGAAUAAAUUAAUAUCCGCA